AUGACUCAAAAAUCAGGAAAAGCCUUGAGUGACGCAGUCUGCAGGUACACGUCAGAGAGAGAGAAAGAUGGAACAUUUGUAAUCUCUGUUUUUAUUAUUAAUUCUAAACUAAACGCGUUUCCGACUGCCGAUAAAAAGAAGACACAGAAGUUACUUUGUGUUCAGGAAGCGUUUAUACGGUUUGUGACACAGACCUGCUGUAACCUGACGUUCUCAGACACCAUGGACUACGAGCUAGAAGAAGAUAAGCUUGGGAUUCCCACAGUUCCAGGAACAGUGACGCUGAAGAAGGAUACACAGAACCUGAUUGGGAUCAGUAUAGGGGGCGGGGCUCAGUACUGCCCCUGUCUGUACAUUGUACAGGUGUUCGAUAACACUCCAGCAGCACUGGAUGGGACAUUAGCAGCAGGUGAUGAGAUCACUGGUGUAAACGGUAAACCAGUGAAGGGCAAGACCAAAGUGGAGGUGGCCAAGAUGAUUCAGGCUGUACAGGGUGAAGCAGUGAUACACUAUAACAAACUGCAGGCUGACCCCAAACAGGGCAAAUCCCUUGAUAUCGUCUUGAAGAAGGUGAAGCACCGUUUGGUAGAGAACAUGAGCUCGGGAACAGCAGAUGCACUUGGACUGAGUAGAGCUAUCCUCUGUAAUGAUGGACUUGUAAAGAAACUGGAGGAACUGGAGAAAACUGCAGAGCUGUACAAAGGGUUAAUGGAACACAGUAAGCGAUUACUCCGAGCUUUCUUUGAGCUCUCCCAGACACACAGAGUGUUUGGUGAUGUGUUCUCGGUGAUCGGUGUUCGGGAGCCACAGGCUGCAGCCAGUGAGGCCUUUGUGAAAUUUGCAGAAGCUCAUCGUAACAUUGAGAAAUACGGCAUUCAGCUGCUUAAAACUAUCAAACCUAUGCUGCAUGAUUUGAAUACAUACCUUCACAAAGCGAUUCCAGACACUAAACUGACCAUCCGCAAAUACCUGGACGUGAAGUUUGAGUACCUGUCGUACUGCCUGAAGGUGAAAGAGAUGGAUGAUGAGGAGUACAGCUGCAUUGCACUGGGAGAGCCACUGUACCGUGUUAGCACAGGGAAUUACGAGUAUCGUCUGGUUCUGCGUUGUCGACAAGAGGCUCGCUCUCGUUUUGCUAAAAUGCGUAAAGACGUUCUGGAGAAGAUCGAGCUGCUUGACCAGAAACACGUUCAGGACAUUGUGUUCCAGCUGCAGAGGUUCGUCUCGGGGAUGUCACAUUAUUAUGAUGAGUGUUAUGCAGUGCUGAAAGAGGCCGACGUCUUCCCCAUCGAGGUGGACCUCUCACGCACCACCCUCAACUACACUGGCCCAAACUAUGAGGAUGAGGAUGGUGAGGAAGAACAAGAGGAGGAGGCGAGUGAACAGACUGCGAACGGAGCAGAGAAACUGAUUGAUGAUGAAUGAGUGAUGGAGUACACUGGAACAGAUAGAGUAAUACUGAUGCAGUGUGUGUGUGUGUGUGUGUGUGUGUGUGUGUGUGUGUGUGUGUGUGUGUGUGUGUGUGUGUGUGUGUGUGUGUGUGUGUGUGUGUGUGUGUGUGUGUAAUAAGCAGUCCAUCAAUCACACUAAACAUCACCAAGUCUGUCAGGACCUGAGAAGAGUCCAUGUCCUUCAUCCUGCAGCUCACUGUCUCACUCUGUCCUGCUGUAACACACAUCAUCACCUGAGGACACGUCAGCAGCAUAUUUUCACUGCAUCACUGCUGAAUAUUCCCAUGGAGUUUGGGAUCAGUUUGGGAUCAGUUUGGGAUCAGUCAGGGACAUUUAGUAAACAUUUAGUAAACACUAGUUGACAUUGCUCUGUGUCUCAGGUCAGACUUGCUCACACUCCUCCUACAGAGUGUGAUUUGGGACGCAGCCUCUCUAACACUGCAAAAUUUGAAGUUUACUCUUUGCACUAAAAUGUAGUUGCAUUAAUUUGAUUUAAUUGAGCUGUUUGUAGCUGUAUGUGUUUAUUUGUUCCACUUUUUAGUCUGUUAUAGUCUACAGUUACAUAUGUUCAGUGUGUAGUGAACCAGGAGAUAACACCUUCUCUCACAGUGGGGUAAAGUGUUGGUUCUGUGUUGUUUGGGAUACAUGACACAUUUAGGGCACUGGGUUCUCUAUUUCACAACAUUUAUCCAAACCAAUAUUAAAGGAUUUAUUCAUCUUUGUGUGUAAAAACCAAUCCAUUUUUGUUGUCAUUAUUUUCUUUCUCGUGUACUGAUUUGUGUGACCUAACUUGUUUUACUUAUUUAUGAAAGCUUUAUUUCUAUCUUUUUUUUUUUUUAAAUCUUUUUGUGUAUCUGAAUGUUACAGGUUGAAAGUAGUGAAGUGAACAACAUACUGAUUUAUUACUGCUUUAUAAAAACACACUAAUCUGUAAGAAGUAAAAAUAUUUAUUGCAAA